AAACCCCACUAUAUGAGCCCCGGUACUACGGCAGAUGGAGUCACUCAGAUGAAGGACCUGGCCUAACUGCACGAGGUUUCACACGGGGGAUCCAGACCUUACCUACCUUCACACCUGUCUGUUGUCAGAGGGACGUCAAAGUGCGACCGAGGACAUGCUGCGGAUCGUGGCGCUGGGGUUUUUCCUCAGUGUAGUAGCUGGUCAAAGGGAUGGCGAAAUCAUCAAUCAGAUCAAGGGAACGAAUCAGGCCCUGGCUGAGAUCAAAGAACUGCUGAAGCAACAGAUCCAAGAGAUUGUGUUUCUAAAGAACACAGUGAUGGAGUGUGAAGCCUGCGGGAUGCGGGCUCCCCUUCCGCCCUCCUGCCACCCAAAUCCCUGCCACCCAGGGGUUAAAUGCACUGGGACCCCUGAGGGCAUCAGGUGUGGGCCCUGCCCCGAGGGCAUGGUUGGCGACGGGACCCACUGCAAGGACGUGGACGAGUGUGCUGUGACGCCCUGCCACAUGGGUGUUCGCUGCAUCAACACCUCCCCAGGGUACCGCUGUGGCCCCUGUCCUGCUGGCUACACCAGCCCCCAGGCACAGGGAGUGGGGCUCUCCUAUGCCACCAAGAACAAACAGGUCUGCAAGGACAUCAAUGAGUGCCAAGGGUCCAGAAAUGGCGGCUGCGUGGAAAAUUCCAAUUGCAUUAACACACCUGGCUCGUUCAGGUGUGGGCCUUGUAAGGCAGGUUAUGUUGGAGAUCAGCGUAAGGGCUGUAAGCCUGAGAGAGCGUGUGGUAAUGGCCAGCCCAACCCUUGCCAUGCCAGCGCAGACUGCAUCGUCCAACGAGAGGGUAAAAAAGAGUGUCAGUGUGCAGUGGGAUGGGCUGGCAAUGGCUUCUUCUGCGGCUCUGAUAUUGACAUUGACGGCUUCCCUGAUGAGAAACUUGAAUGCGCCGAGAGGAACUGUGACAAGGACAACUGUCUAACUGUGCCCAAUUCUGGCCAAGAGGACGCCGACAAGGACGGCAUAGGAGACGCCUGCGAUGAGGAUGCAGAUGGGGACGGAAUCCUGAACACACAGGACAAUUGUGUGUUGGUGCCAAAUGUAGACCAAAGAAAUGUGGACGAUGACAACUUCGGAGACGCCUGCGACAACUGCCGUAUUAUCAAGAACAACGACCAGAAAGACACAGAUGUCGACAGGCUGGGUGAUGAAUGUGACGAAGACAUCGAUGGUGAUGGUAUCCCCAAUAACUUGGACAACUGCAAACGUGUUCCCAAUGUGGACCAGAAGGACCGAGAUGGGGACAAAGUCGGUGAUGCCUGUGACAGCUGUCCUUACGUCCGCAACCCUGACCAGUUGGAUAUGGACAACGACUUGAUAGGAGACCCUUGUGACACCAAUAAGGAUAGUGAUGGUGACGGUCACCAGGACUCUCAGGACAACUGCCCCGCGGUCAUCAACAGUGCCCAGCUGGACACAGACAAGGACGGCCGGGGAGACGAGUGUGACGAUGAUGACGACGAUGACGGUAUUCCCGACCUUCUGCCCCCGGGACCGGACAACUGCCGCCUCAUCCCCAACCCCCUGCAGGAGGACUUCGACAGCGAUGGUGUCGGGAACGUGUGUGAGAACGAUUUUGACAACGACACCGUCAUCGACAGCAUCGACGUGUGUCCGGAGAACGCUGAGGUCACUCUGACAGACUUCAGGGCCUACCAGACAGUGGUUCUGGACCCAGAGGGAGACGCACAGACUGACCCCAACUGGGUGGUGCUAAAUCAGGGACGGGAGAUCGUCCAAACCAUGAACAGUGACCCUGGACUGGCAGUUGGUUACACCGCCUUCAACGGCGUUGACUUUGAAGGGACGUUCCACGUGAAUACGGUGACCGAUGACGACUAUGCAGGCUUCAUCUUCGGGUACCAGGACUCUUCCUCCUUUUACGUAGUGAUGUGGAAACAGGUUGAGCAGAUCUACUGGCAGGCCAACCCAUUCCGCGCUGUGGCAGAACCAGGGAUCCAACUGAAGGCGGUGAAGUCCAAAACGGGACCAGGAGAGCAUCUACGUAACUCUUUGUGGCACACCGGCGACACCAGUGACCAGGUGAAACUGCUUUGGAAAGACGCCCGUAACGUUGGCUGGAAGGACAAGACCUCCUACCGCUGGUUCUUACAACACAGGCCUCAUGAUGGCUAUAUCAGGGUGCGUUUCUACGAGGGCCCUCAGGUAGUGGCUGACACAGGCAUCAUCAUAGACACCACCAUGAGAGGAGGUAGAUUGGGUGUCUUCUGCUUCUCCCAGGAGAACAUCAUCUGGGCUAACCUACGCUACCGCUGCAAUGAUACAAUCCCUGAGGACUUUGACUCCUACCAAGCCCGACAGGUUCAGCUGCAGUUCUAAUAGAGCAUCCACACAAAUUCGUCUCAAACCAGACCGGGACGUCAUCCCAUCCACAAAACCCAGUAAUCCAGAAUGUGUGGCAGGUAACCUGUCAGUUAAAAGUUGAAGCGCAGAAAGAGCGAGGUUGAACGUUUUGUUUCCAUCCUGCCCUUGAGCAAGGCAAUGAUAGCAUGAUAGCUUCAGGGUUGCCGUCAGUAAUGGCUGAUCCCACGGCAGUGACCGCACUCUCUGACGAUGCCUCGCCUUCAGUGUGAGAUGCAAACCCCAAACACAUGUAUAAUAGACACUAUACAAGCGUGAAACAGGACAAACACAAGAACUCACAAAAUGACUAUUACUAAACAGCAGAUGACUGCCUCAGAAACAGCAUCCUGGCUCCUGUAAAGAGCAUUAUUUUUCCCUGUAGUUUUCAGAUGUACCCUGUUGGAUAUGACUCAGCAAAAUGGAGACUGACUGACUGAUAUUGGUCACUGUCAACAUUGACAGGGUGUUCUGCUUUUUGACAGAAGUAAUUUCCAGGUCCUUAGGGGCUUCUUUUCCCACUAUGUUCAGUACUACUCUGUCUACCGUAUAGAAAUGUGAAAAUGUGUUUUGAAUAAUCAGGGUGUUACCAGUAAAUAUUUGUAUCUUUGUCAGGGACCCUAUAAAAAAUAUACAUAUACAGUACAUAUUGUGUAUUUUUUCAAUGCAUUAGAUGUGUUCAAUUACUGUUAAGACCUUGAAGACUUCUGUCCUAGGAAUAAAUGUUGUAUAAUAACAAAUGUUGACCUGUCCUUUGCCUUUCUAUGUACUAAAUGUGUAGAACUUAAUGUUAGGACAAAGCUGUGAUGAAAAAUGUAAUGCUCAUAUGAUGUGGCCACACUGAGCCAUUAAGAAUGAAAAUCAAAUUGGUAGGUGUUUAAAUGUAUGUGUGCUAAAAUGCUAAAAUAACACGCUAAAAUAACACGUCCAUCAACUGGUUCAAAGUUCGACUCAUUUAUACUUUUAGGACAAGGCCAAAAUCACACACUGGUUGUACCUGUGAUUUCCUAUCCAUUCCCAGUAGGAGUCAGUAGAUAAUGGACAGUAGUUAUUAUGCAUUUCUAUCAGGAAAAUCUGUUUUCACGGCCAAAAGCCGCAGGGUCACAACCCAGAGCACUACAUUACUAACCUAAAGAUUACGGAGGUCAUAAUUUGUCUUUGUUCUUUUCACAAUUUCGUUAUUUUGUAUGAAGCACGGUCACAGUGAUCUGUAAAGGACAUAAAACA